ACCUAUUUAUUUAUUGUUUAUAUUAUGUUUGCUAUAAAGUCUAUGAGUAGGUAAUAUACUCACUUCAAUUCCGCAUUAAAAAUAACCCUUUAUAUAAUUUUAUAAUGCGAGCUUCUCAUGCUUUUCUCUAAAUAGUAUGAGUGAUAUUCGAAAAAUAAAAUCCAUUAAUUUUAGUUCAUCAGCCACUGUUGCACAUAUUAUGUUAAUAAAGAGUUGAUCAGAGCAGAUUAUUAUUUGAGAUCUACAGUAAUGUAAGAUCAGACUAUAUAAUAUAUUUAUAUAAAAUUUAUAUUUGUGUCAUCCAUGAUAUGCAUAUUUUGUUGAAUUAUAUCACUAAUAAGUGCCGGUUGCACAAAAGUCGGUUAAAUUUUAAUUUAUAAUUAAUUUAACGAGAACCAAUCAGAGAAGCUUUCUUUCCAAAAAAAUACCUUCUCAGAUUGGUUCUCGUUAAAUUAAUAACGAUUAAAACUUAAACGGCUUUUGUACAACCGGGCCUAUACUGUAGGAAAAUUUAUACUACAUGAAAUGUAGAAAAUAAUAUUUAAUUAUUCUCCCAGUUUUGUAUUAUUUUGCGGAUAUAGGUAUUCCAUAAUUUUGGAACCAAUUUCCUAUCUGCAUCCAUCCAAUGCUAAAGCAAUUGAUCUUAUCAAAGUUUUUUUUAAUCUAUCUCCACUUUUCAACUGAAGCAUAUUAUUUAUGAAUAAAGAAAUUUAUUAUUAUUUGAAAGAUGGAUUAUUUAUUAUUAUAUUUUGUUCACGUUUAUUAUACUUUUAUUAAUAAUCUCAAUGAUUCUAAUAAGUUUAUUAUAUAAAGAAGAAAAUUUAUACUGCAUGAAAUGUAGAAAAUAAUAUUUAUUGUGUCUGUCCUGUUAUUGAUUAGCCCUAAUAUAUAAUAUAUAUGAUCGAUGUAUGGAUAUUAUUCAGUGUGUAAUAUUCUAGAGUAUUAUUAGUAUAUGGGUAAUUUAAAGUAUUAUAAAUACUGUUGUUUGGAAAUUUAGUAUAGGUGGUGAAGAAUUGGGAUGAAAAAGGAUUUUUUAAGAAAGAAGUAUUAAAAACAUACCUAUUUAUAAUGUUCAAAACUGUUUGUAUCCGUUAUAGAAAUUGUUGAAAGAAAUUCAUUAUUUUAACCGUUCAAAUCCUUAGUUCCUUAUAAAGACUUUGUACAUGCAAUAAGUUAAUUUCAAAUAGUCAAGUUCUAUCUAUGAAUAACAAGAAAAUUCUUUCUAAUAAAUUAGCAAUAUUAUUUAGUUAUAUUUUCAAUUAUUUAGUUAAAGAAGAGAGCUAGAGACUAGAUGUAUUUCAAAUUCUUUGAAAAUUGAUUUAAUUGGAGAGGAUUCAAAUCUCACUAAAUCCUAUAAAUUACUGUAUAUUAACAUACCAAUUGAUAUUUUUGUUACCUCUUUUUUUAGUUGUUGAAAAUACUGAAGCUAUAUGUUCCGUUUAGGUAUGAAUAGAAUGCCAUAUAAUCGUAUAAUUUAUAAGAUAUUAUUAAAAAUAUUAUAUGCUUCCACCAGUUAUUAUUUACUGAUAAAAGUAUUGUUACAUUCUAUAUUAUUAUCUUUUUAUGAAUAGAAAUAUUCACAAUAUCAUAUUAUUAUCAGCUCCAAUUCGUUUAAUUUAUUCUCUCAAAAAUAUCCCUAUCAUAAUUUUAGUUAAUUAAGCAUAAUGAAUAUUUAUAAAUAAUAGUUCUGAUUGUAAUAGAAUUUAUCCUCUAUGAUUGUACUUGAGAACUGAUUAAAUUUACAUUCUUGUAUGUUUAGAAAACGUCUCUCACUUUUUUUGUAACCCAAGCAAUCUAUUCAACAAAAUUUAAUCUAUUUUGUUGAUUCGUAGAGCCACGUUUACACCAGAGUUGUUGUUAACAAAAUGUUUUUCUUCAAAAAAAUUGUAAACUUUCUCUGUAGAAAACAAAUUAAAUGUUGCUUUUUUUAAAGAAUUCGCAACAAAUUUCUCGAAAUCUCGUCAGUUUACAACUCUGGUGUCAACGUAGCUCAAGACCGCUGUUUGCGUUUAGAGACCUGCUUGAAGACAUUGACAACAAACGAAUUUAAAGCUAGAGAACAAACUUGGUUACAUCAUAUAGAUAAGAUAACUAUGAAUUUUGCAGAUUAAGUUUCAGUAAAUAUUGAAUUCAGUUCAUUUCAGACGGUGGUUUGUUUCUGAAGGAAUCCGGCAACUCUUCAAUCAUGGUUAAAAAAUUCGAUUACAAAGGAUGUAUGGCUCCAGUAUUCACACCUUUCUUCAGAGACAGCUCUCUUGUAAAUUAUGAAAUGAUUCCCAAGUAUGCGGACUAUAUGGUUUCAUCUGGCAUUAAAGGAGUUCUAGUGAACGGCUCGGCUGGAGAAGGUCUGACAAUGUCGAUUGCAGAGAGAAAGUCAGUGUUGGAAGCUUGGAUGGUUGAGGCCAAGAGAUGCAAGCUGGCUGUCAUGGUACAAAUUGGAGGCAUCUUGUUGAACGGAGCAAUAGAACUGGCCAAGCAUGCUGAAAGCCAAGGGGUUUCAGCUUUACUAUGCCUACCAGAUCUAUUUUAUAAGCCGAGUAAUGGCACUGACCUUGCUAACUAUUUGAAAUUCAUUAGCAAUGCAGCGCCUAAUACUCCACUGUUGUAUUACCAUAUUCCAUGUUACACGAGUGUCUACAUUGACAUGGUUGACUUUACAAAUAAAGCAAUUGAAUUGGUGCCUACCUUUGCGGGGGUCAAGUACACGCAUAACAAUCUGCAAGAAGCUAAUCAGUUAUUACAAAUGGGAAAUCAUCUCUCAGUUUUUGUUGGCAACGAACAGACUUUGGCCGGACAAAAAGCACUUGGUCUUGACAGCUGUAUUGUUGUGUCUGCCAAUUGUUUCCCGGAUUAUGUACAGGCAAUUCAUACUAGCAUUGAAACUGGAAACGUUAAGCACGCCCUCAAACUACAAAACAAUUUGAAUGCAACUCUUAAUCUGAUAGAGACAAGAGUUGGUGGAAUGACUCUAGGCCUCAAAGCACUAAUGGAGUUCACGGCGCACAUUGAUUGUGGCUCAGCCCGACCACCUCAGAACAAAGUUCCACGAGAAUCGGCCGAAGCUCUGUGGAAGGAAAUAUGUGCAAAGAAGCUGCUGCCACGCAUAGAUCACUGGUCAUAGGCGUCAACCACGCAUAGAUCAUUUUACUGUCGCAUAAUUAGUUGUUAUUUGUUUAGAAUACUGUUGUAACCGAACCAGAAUGGGGGUAGAAUUGAGAGAUCUCUAAAUUCUAAAGGGCGAGUCAAGGCACUUUAUUAAACAACAAACUUCAGCAUUCUAUUUAACUUGUAAAAUUUUAUUUGGGGGCUCGUACGGGUCCGGGGUCAGUUUUGAGUCUGUAUUUCAAUUCUUUUUCUCUCUCUUGUUCUUUUUCAAUUUCCUUUUGUAGUCUAUAUAAAUCUUCAUCCAAGACCUUCUGCGUGUGUUCGGUGCAUUUUUCCACGAGAUAUUUCAUUAUUUGUGAUUUUAAAUAGCAUUAGACACGGCAGUGGCUAAGUCCUCUUCAGAGUCCUCUUUAUCGUCUUUUCUAGAAGCUGGUUUAUACUUGGACUGAGCAUUGGUUGGGAGGCAAUUCAAUGAUUUUGAUCGGGCUAAAGAGCUUUCAGUGUAUCGGGUUGCUUCUGCCACCCUGCAGCCCCUGUAGCAACGUUGUUCGAUGAGACACUUUUUUCCAGAGGGGAAAUCAUUGAUGGAUCACAUUGUAGAGUUUCGUUCAUUUCCCGUUCUCGAGUAGAAGUUUUCUUCGAUUUGAUCGUGCCGAAUUCAUUUCGCAAUAAAUUCAUGGAUUUUGAUCGGGCUUGAUGUCGACCAGAUAAUAGUGUCAAGUGUUAGAGUGGAAGCAAAUAUUAAGAGUGAAUGAAAAGUAGUCUUUUGGUGAAAUCGUCUUUU